AUGGUGUUUCUGUAAGUCUUUGAAAUAUUCUGAACUACUCUGGCUGGUUAAAAAUGGCGGGUAAUUUCCGAGAGCGAAAUCCAGGAAAGUCCGCUAAAACGGAAGACGGAGAGGACUGGAAUACAGUCAAACGACUUGGCUUAAUCAAAACUAAUGAAUCACUUGACGAGAAAUUCGGUUACGAACAAUUUAACGAUGGUGUGGAACGAGAGGGUUGGUUAGUUAAUUUUGAGGCCUCGGAAAUUGUUGACGAAGACAAAAGACUUAUAUCUGCCAUAAGUUAUUACUUCAUUUUAACUGAUGGUAGCCGACUUAAAUGUUCUCAGCCAUACGCGCCGUAUUUCUUUUUGAUCACAAAAGAAGGCACUGAAACUGAAGUAUCAGCGUAUCUGGCUAAGAAAUACGCAGGAGUGCUGGCCAGUGUUGCUAUAGUGAUUAAAGAAGAUCUCGAUUUGCCAAAUCAUUUGAUGGGUUUGACAAGAAAACUGAUUAAAUUGUCCUUUCUUAAUACAAACCAUAUGAUGAAAUUGAAAACUGCUUUGAUGCCUAUUGUCCGACGAAAUCAAGAAAAGGCAAAAAGUCAAGAUGCCUACACGUCGCUGUUGAGCAACGUUUUGUCUGCUCAAAACGAUGGACCUUCGGGUAGUAGUGGUGUCAAAACUGCGAUGGGUAAUAAAUCAGCCAGUGAAAAAACUAUGGAACAGUCUGAGAACAUUUUGGAUGUACGAGAAUAUGAUGUUCCGUACCACGUGAGAGUUGCGAUUGAUUUGAACAUUUUCGUGGGUAAAUGGUACACGGUGAAACAUGUAGCGGGAAAAUCACCAGAAUUAGUAGACCAUCCAACGUUGAUAGAUUGGCCUGAUCCGGUAGUUUUAGCGUUUGAUAUCGAGACAACCAAGCUUCCAUUGAAGUUUCCUGACUCAGCUAUUGACCAGAUCAUGAUGAUAUCGUACAUGGUUGACGGUCAAGGAUAUUUAAUUGUAAACAGAGAGAUAGUCAGUGAAGAUGUUGAAGAUUUUGAGUACACUCCGAAACCUGAGUUUGAAGGACCUUUCGUGAUAUUCAACGUUGUUGACGAGCAAGCUUUACUGCAACAUUUCUUUGAUCACGUACGUGAAAUAAGGCCUCAUGUUUUUGCGACUUACAACGGAGAUUUCUUCGAUUGGCCUUUUAUAGAGCGGCGAGCAACAGAAUAUGGAUUGGACAUGCAUCAUGAAAUUGGGUUCUCGAAAGACUCCCAAGGCGAGUAUAAAAGCAGAAACGCAAUACACAUGGACUGUCUGUGUUGGGUAAAGCGGGACAGUUAUUUACCCGUUGGAAGUCAAAACUUGAAAGCGGUUACGAAAGCGAAACUGCGCUACGAUCCUGUGGAGCUAGAUCCAGAAGAAAUGUGCCAAAUGGCGAGAGAGAAGCCACAAAUCCUGGCUAAUUAUUCGGUUUCAGACGCUGUAGCAACCUACUAUUUGUACAUGAAAUACGUUCAUCCAUUCAUAUUUGCUCUUAGUACAAUUAUUCCUAUGAAACCUGACGAAGUUUUAAGAAAAGGUUCCGGGACUUUAUGUGAAGCAUUGUUGAUGGUUAAAGCGUUUGAAAUCAACAUUUUGUUUCCAAAUAAACAGUUGACAGAGUUGAAUAAAAUGACUCCAGGAGGUCAAGUUUUGGACAAUGAAACGUACGUUGGAGGCCACGUGGAGGCUUUGGAGUCCGGCGUGUUUAGAAGCAACAUCCCAGUGAAGUUCAGAAUGGUUCCAGAGGCGUUUCAGAAACUAAUUGGAUCCCUGGACAGCACUCUUCAACAUGCUCUGGUAGAGGAAGAGCAAAUACCUCUGGAAAAUAUCACAAAUUACGACGAAAUAAAGUCUAAAAUUAAGAAAAAGUUGGAAAUUUUGCGGGAUUUUCCCAGCCGAAUGGAGAAUCCUAUGAUUUACCAUUUGGACGUUGGAGCAAUGUACCCGAACAUCAUUCUGACAAAUCGCUUGCAACCUCCGGCUUUAGUUGAUGAAACAGUUUGCGCUACUUGUGAUUUCAACAAACCAGGAGCUAGGUGUCAAAGAAAAAUGGCGUGGGUUUGGCGUGGGGAUGUUAUGCCUGCUAGUAGAAAUGAAUUUUACAAAGUGCAGUACCAGUUAGAAACUGAAAAAUUUCCUCCUCUUUUUCCUGGAGGGAAUCCAAGAGCUUACCAUGAAUUGACUCGAGAAGAAAGAGCGGCAGCCGAAAAGAAACGACUGGGAGAAUACUGCCGGAAAGCCUAUAAGCGAACCAAAGUCACCAAAGAAGAAGUAAAAUACUCGACUGUAUGUCAGCGUGAGAACUCAUUUUAUGUCGAUACAGUGCGAGCGUUCAGAGAUCGGAGAUACGAGUUUAAAGGACUCACUAAGGUUUGGAAAAAGAAGUUGACUGAAGCUACGAACUCUGGAGAUAUAGAAGCGAUUCGAAGCGCGAAGAGCAAAGAAAUUUUGUACGAUUCGCUUCAAUUGGCACAUAAGUGUAUUUUGAACUCGUUUUACGGUUACGUAAUGAGAAAAGGAUCUCGCUGGUUCUCGAUGGAAAUGGCAGGAAUCGUUUGUCAUACAGGAGCCAAUAUCAUCAAAGCAGCUAGGGAACUAGUGGAACAAAUUGGACGACCAUUGGAACUUGAUACAGAUGGUAUUUGGUGCAUUCUUCCGGCAAGUUUCCCCGAGAAUUGUGUGUUCACGACCAAUGACCCCAAAAAACCCUCCGUGUCUAUUUCAUAUCCAGGGGCAAUGCUAAAUGUGUUGGUCCAGAAAAACUUCACCAAUAAUCAGUAUCACGAUCGAGUAGCACCUGAAAUUCCAGAGUACACCAUCCGAAGCGAAAACUCGAUUUUCUUUGAAGUUGACGGUCCGUAUCUGGCGAUGAUUUUACCAGCUUCCAAAGAAGAAGGAAAGAAACUAAAGAAGCGUUACGUUGUCUUCAAUGACGACGGAAGCAUUGCCGAGUUGAAAGGCUUCGAAGUCAAAAGAAGAGGUGAAUUGCAGCUGAUUAAGAAUUUCCAGUCUUCAGUUUUUGACUCGUUUCUUAACGGAGUUUCGCUUGAAGAAGCUUACGAACACGCAGCUAAAGUAGCGAAUUAUUGGCUUGAUGUUUUGUACAGUAGAGCUGCUAACAUGCCUGAUUCUGAAUUAUUCGACCUGAUUGCGGAAAACAGAUUCAUGUCGAAAUCUCUAUCUGAAUAUGAAGGUCAAAAAUCGACUUCGAUUAGUACCGCUAAACGUUUAGCAGAGUUUUUAGGAGACCAAAUGGUAAAAGACGCGGGUUUGGCUUGUAAGUUUGUGAUUUCAAGAAAGCCAGAAAACGCGCCGGUUACAGAGCGCGCAGUACCUCUGGCUAUUUUCCAGUCGGAUCCAGCAGUCAGGAGUUUCUACCUGAAAAAGUGGCUGAAGUCUCCUGGAUUAAACGAGUUCGACAUUCGAGAAAUCUUAGAUUGGCAGUAUUACGUUGAAAGAUUUUCUAGUUGUAUCCAGAAAAUUAUAACAAUUCCAGCAGCUUUGCAAGGUCUUUCAAACCCGGUGCCAAGAGUUGCGCAUCCGGAUUGGCUUCAGAAACGGCUGAUUGAAAAACUUGACUACAACAAACAGAAAAGAAUCAGUGAGAUUUUCAUGCCUUCGUUGGGAAAUUCAACGGACACUAAAUCAAAUAAAGGCGUAAAGGAUAUUGAAAGCUUAGGGGGGAAAGGAAAUAGUGUUCCGGUUAUUAGAGUGUCAAAGAAACGAAAACUGGAACUUGAAAAUCUGGAAGCUUUGAAGAAACCCUGGCGCGAAUUACUUGGAAACCCUCCCGAAAUGGGAGAAUCAAAGGAAGCUCUGCAAGCUUGGAUACAGUUUCAUAAAAAGAAGUGGGCGCAUCAAAUCAAGCAAAGAAAGAAUCGCGAGUUGGUCGAGAAAACCAGUAAGCGUCAGAAGUCUUCAACUGAAGAUAUUGCUGCAGUUCCUCAAGGUUAUGGCACGGGUUCCAAGCGAGGUCAAGGGCUGAGUGGAGGUCUGAAUACUUUUGUGCGGAAAACUCAAAGUACCUUAAUGAAUACCCAUUGGCAGAUUAUCCAACUGACAAAGACGAACUCUCCCGGUUUGUUCAAAGCCUGGACACUUGUUGGAAAUGAUUUGCACUGUUUGAAAAUUUCAGUACCCAGAAUUUUUUAUAUAAACAUGAAACAACCUAAAGAGCAAGAAAGAGGUCAUAUUUGGAAACGAACCCAAAAGUAUUUACCCAGAGCGCAUCCGACGUAUAAUUUGUACCAGUAUUGUGUACCAGAACAGAAUUUUAUAGAACACGCUCAAGAAUUACAGGUCGACUUUACAUCUCCGAAUGUAGAAGGUGUUUAUGAACUAUCAGUGCCUUUGGAGUUCAGAUUUCUUGUUAAUAUUGGAUGCGUGUGCAUUAUUAAUAAACACGUAGUUAAGACGUUAAUAGGUCGUGAUACUGAAUAUUUUGACAUGCAAGAGCUAACUGAGAAAACCCUAGCUGAUGUUACAUAUUUAGAAGAAGAUAACAACACACAUUUGCUGAAGAAACUAUUCCUUUAUCAGUUUGUAAUUUCUGGUAGAGGUGUGACUGCUCUUUUUGGAACCCAUAUGUCCAAAGCGUACCUGUGGAUAAUUGACCCGUCUGGUACAAAUGCAAUCCCGAAUUUGAACUCUAUGUACGCGACCGAAUGGAAUUUGAAAAAGAACAAGGAAAAUGUUUCUUCUGAUUGUGUACCGCAAGGCGGAAUUUCAUUUGAAUCUUCGGUUUGCAAAGACGCCGAUGCUGUUAACAAACAACUGUCGAAAAUUUUGCAAAACUACAAAAGCGAGAAACGAGGUCCGACAAUCGUGUGUUACCAAGCGAACACAUUUAGAUAUUUCAACAAGAUCGCAGUUCUGAAUAAUGAGUUCCCGACUAUUGAUUUGACCGUUGAAGAUCCCCCGAAUUUAUUAAGUGGCCUUGAAUGGCAGAAAAUGGCGUGUAGAUGGAGUAUAAAACACUACUUGAAUUUCCUGUUGCGAUAUAACAGUUUGGUGGACCAUUGUAGAUAUCUACAUAUACCGAUUGGAAAUAUGCCAAAUGAAGAUGUGUUUAAUUUCGGGGCUGAUUUGUUCUUCGCCAGACAGUUGAGGAAGCAUAAUCAUCUGAUGUGGCUGUCUAAGACAGAUAGGCCAGAUUUCGGAGGAAAGGAGGCGGAUGACCACAGACUGGCCAGCAACUGUUUCGACUCCCAUCGAAGUGUGGAGGUCAUUGACCCCGGGCUGUACAAGGGUGUCUGUGUGGAGAUGGAGAUAUUGAGUCUGCCCAUAGCUACCAUAGUGCAGUCGCACCACGUGAACGACAUGGAGGGAGGGGCGGCAGACUCUAUCAGCUUCAACCUCCUCCCCCAACAGAACAUAGCAGACCACAUGAUGAGUAGCAGUGGUCAGUCUGGAUCGGACCAGCAGAACAGUGUGGCAAGUUAUGACAGCAGUGUGUUGUGUACGUAUGCCUUCCGAGUGCUGAAAAGUAUGGUCCACAGCUGGCUCAAAGAAGUGUCCGUGUACAGGAACCAGUGGGCAGAUCUGCAGCUAGUGCACUUGUUCAGAUGGCUCACUACCUCUGCCUCGUACUUACAUGAUCCUGCCCUGACCAAGAUAGUUGGAGUGAUGAUGCAGAAAGUACUCAUUCAGUUGGUGGCAGAGUUCAAGAGACUGGGAGCAGACAUAAUCUACGCCUCAUUUAACAAACUCAUAAUCCACACGACCAAACACACAACGACAGACGCCCAGUCUUACAUUCAAUUCAUCUCAGACAACAUCCGAUCACGUGAUCUAUUCCACAUUCUGGACUUCAAACCCAACAAGUUCUGGAACAUUCUGAUGUUCAUGGACUCGUGCAACUUCGGAGGGGUCAUCUGCAAUGAAAACAGUCAUGAAUUAGAGAAAAAUAGCAGCGAAGACAAAGAAAAUCAAACAAAAGAAUUUAAAGGAAAAGGUGGGGGAGGGGUAAGCAAUGAAAAAACUACAGAAACUCAAGGUGGGAGAAGAAGCAAUAAUGAUGAUAGUGUAAAUGUGAGAGCUAUUGGUGACUUGGACGAAGAUGAAGAUACCGAAUCUAGAAUUGAAGAGGGUGCAGUUAUGGGGGGUGACAAAGAUGAUGAAAUAGAAGUAAUCGAAGAGCCGAAUAACGGAGACCAGAAAACUGAAACUCAAGAAAACAGUGCGGAUGACCUUGAAAUAGACAGCAACUGGAAUCUGAUGUACUACCUGCCUCUGGACGAGGCAGAUGACCUGCAGGGCCAGUUUGGAGUGGUGGUGGCCAACUACUUGGUACUCGUGUUGAAGAAGAUGCAACAGUUGAGAAGGGACCACUCAACUAUGGCUACCGAGACUGUGAUUGUGGAUGGUGGCGAGGAUGGCAAAGAGGUCAUGUCCAGUUUCGACUCCACACUUCGUGAGUUCUGUCGCAACCUCAUCUCUUCAGACAUGACUCAGAAAAUAGUGGGAGUUGUUCACGCUCUCCAGAUGAAACGACAGAAAUUCGAGUUCAACGAAUCAGACAACGAGAACAAGUUCCCACUCUUGCCCGGCUCCUACCUGAAACUGACGAACCCAGAACUGGAAUUCAUAAAAUCAGUCUGCCAUGUCUUAAGCUUAGACACAAGUGUUGCGUCUCAAGUUGAACAAAUGAAGAAAACGGUGUUGAGGAUUAUUAAUGUAGGCGAGUUUUCAGACUCGGCUGAUUUUCAGAAUCCUUCCCUGUCGUACAUUCUACGAGAAGUGAUCUGCAAAGAGUGUAAUUAUUGCAGAGAUGUGGAUUUAUGUCGAGAUAUUACACUGGAUUUUGAAGGAGAGGAACUUGGUUUGUGGAAGUGCACGGAAUGUUCGACGCCUUACGACGUUGAUAAUAUUGAAAUGAGUUUAGUAAGCGAAGUUCAGAAAUUGAGUUUGGCCUUUGUGUUGCAAGACUUAUCCUGUUUAAAAUGUAAGAAUAUUAAACAACUGAAUAUGAAGCGAACUUGCGAAUGUUCGGGACAGUUUACCUACUUGAUCAAAAGAGAUCGCUUCCGACAGCAGUUGAUGACUCUGUUGAAUAUUGCGAAGUAUUACAAAAUGGAUUACUUGAAAGAGACGGUUCUUUGGACUAGCAGAGAAGCUAAAAAGAAGUAAAAACUUAAAUUUCCAGACUUUGAAUUUUGUCAGACUUUGUUUUGGGCUUGUGUUUGAAUUUGCGUGAUGUAUGAAAAUGUGUCUCUACAGGAAAAUACUUAUUGUGGCUGGUAACUGUUCUCAUACAUCAAGCCAACUGUUUAUUUAAUGCUUUGAGUGCUUGUUUAUUUACUCUAAUUUUGAUCAUUUCAAUUUACUUAUUUCACCUGCAAGAGCAAGUGUACUUCUAUCAGGAAUAGACU